AUGGCGGUGAGCCAGCGCUUGCUGCCUCUGCGCUGCGUCAUCUGCCGUGCCAAGAUGUUGCGACUGAGACAGGUGCCCCGGCUUGUCACCAGCAAGAGUUGGCAGGUAUCAAGUACCAACAGCAAGUCAUCAGGCGUGCCCGGCUCGGUGUCGAGAUACUCUGUGGGUGCACGUUCAGUGCCCGCCUCAGCCUCACUCUAUUCCAUCACCAGCGGUGAAUCUUCCCUCUCCGGAGUGUCUUCCGUUUCGUUGAACAGUGGUGGUAAUGUAAGCAGCAGCUGUACAACCAAGUUAUGUGGUGGAGCUAAAUGUGGUGGGGCUUGUCUUGGAGCUAUCCCCCGACCACCGUCAGGUUCUGCGCCGCCGAAGCUACGCCAGCCCGCUUCUAAUUCUUUACGACGUUCGCAUCAUCAUAGCAUGAAUGCUCGACUGCAAUAA